CCAAAAAAAAUAAAAAACAAAAUACAAAUUUAAUAAACAUAAAAUAAACAAAUUAAAGCAAUAAUACACGUUCUCCGCAAUCAAAGUGUUCCCUCAAAACAAGCUGUACGAGCAGCCAGAGUACAACUACAACAACUACAACAACUACAACUACAAAGCACACUAUAAAAUAGAACUGUGAACUGUGAUAAAUUAAUGGAAUACUUAAGCCAAAAGCGCAGCUCUUGUUAUUGUUGUUGUUGUUGUUGAUUAGAGAAAUACUCACAAAGCGCGCGUGUGAUAAAAGCUUUUUUGUUAUUUAAUUGGACUGACUCUUCGCUUGUGUGCUUGCUGUAUUGGCUGCAGCAAAACGUAUAAUUCAUAAAUACAGAACAUUCUUUGCAUAUAAGACAGUAGCAGCAACAACAACAACCACAGCAAGAACAAUAAAAAGAACAACAAACACAAAAAGUGACAAAAGUGUGCGAAAACAAAAAAGAAAAAAUAAAUUACGUGCGGGAGUUAAAGUCAAACCAAGCAUAAAACCAACAACAACAAUUAAAAUAAGAGCAGCACUGAUUCAUCACUUACACACGUCGUCAAGUUAUAUUUUUAUUUGGAUUCUUUGAAAAAAAAAAAUAACAAAAAUAACAACAAUAACAACAACGAUUGUACUAUCAAAAUUGUUUGUUAUUGAAUUUUAUGAAUGAAUGCAUGAAACUGCACAUAUUUUGGUUCAAUGAGAAUGGAUUAUCAACUGCCACCGCCGCAGGCGAUACAAAUCGGCAAUAACAAUACACAUGUGAGUUUACAAACUCAACAGCAACAGCAACAACAACAACAGCAGCAGCAACAACAACAAGCUGUACACUUACAAAUUUUGCAAAAUGUGCAACAACAGCAUCAACAACAACAACAGCAGCAGCAACAACAGCAACAGAAUACCCAACAACAACUACUCGCUAAUAUGCAAACAGCGAGUAAUAAUACACCUUUACCGCCUUUAAGCAGUUUGCCACUACAAGUUGUACAUAAUUUACCACAUUUGCUAAGCGGUAAUGUUGGUAGCAUAACAAAUACUGCCAGCAAUGCACUUAACAAUAGCAAUUUGUUAGGUCUAACAACGAGUAAUAACAAUAAUAGCAAUAAUGCAAAUACUAACAGCCUCAAUGCAACCAUCAACAAUCUCAGUACACACAACACACUCCGCAAUACAAUACAAAAUGUUGCUAACAGCCAACUACAGCAAACAAUCAAUAAUCUCGGUAAUAAUUUAGGUAGUUUGCCUCCAAGCAGUCAACUGUUGCAUCAUCAUCUGCAACAUUUAGCCAAUGUUAAUAAUGCAGCUGCAGCUGUUGUUGCUGUUGCUGCUAAUAACAUUACCAACAACAUAAAUGCUAGCAAUCUCAACAAUAAUAACAAUCUAACGCUAUCUGGUAUUACUAGCAACAACAACAAUAAUGCAAAUAUUGUUAGUGCUAACAAUAAUAACAACAACAACAAUCCUGCAACACCAAAUCAAAAUCUAACGCACAGCAACAACGGCAACGAAACUCAGAACAAUAAUCUUGUUAAUAAUGUUGUGAUAAAUGGUUUAAUUGUUAACAAUAGCAAUAGCAGCAACAGCAAUGGGAAUAAUGCGAACAGCAAUAAUAGUAACAACAACAACAAUAACAAUAGUAUCAAUAUCGAUGAGAAUAAUCGUUGGACACAAUUUCAAGUACAACAGCUGUGGAAACAACAUGCAUCCUAUUUAAAUGGUAAUGUAAAUUAAAUUAACAUAGAAAAACAUAGAAAAAGAUUUUUUUAAAAUAUAGAGAAACAUAGAAAAUAAUAGUAUAUAUCUUAUAUACUUGUAUGUACUUUGUAUUCAAAUUGGAGGUACUGGGCAUGUGAAUAAGCUUUAUAUAAGGGAAAAUGUAUUUGUUGG